AUGAAGCCGCAGAAGAAGCACACCGACCGCUUGCGCCGAUACAGGUGCGCCAGGAAAGUCAUGUGGCAGAUGGGCAAGGGGUCCAACUUCAGGCCAUCGGAGGCGAAGAAAUAUCUGCGUCCCUGCCUGCCCAUCCCCCCAGGCAUGUUACCCCUGGAAGAUCUGGAGAACCGCGGGAACGGCAUGGAUGAGCCCAUCUGCGUAUGCUCGAUGUCAGUGACCGUGUUGCUCAGCUUGCUAGUGCUGAUGGUCAAUUUAAUCGCGUCAUCCGCAGUAGCAUCAACGGUCGCAUCGGCGACACUUGUGUCUAGACCAGUCAUGGCUUCAUCGCUUGUUGUUCGCUUCAUCUUCGAUCCCGUCAAGCGCAGCAAAGGUGCGCUCUGUGAGGACCCCUUGGCAGUGGCAGAGACGCUGUCGUUAGGGGAAUUGGCGGCCUUUUUAGAGUAG